CAGAUUUAUCUGAUCCCACAUCACAUCCUUACAAACAAUGCAUUGCUCCUUCAUGCUCGCCGUCAUUGCUGCUUUGACGGUGUCAAUAGCAGCCAUGCCCUUUGACAUCCGCAGUGAAGAUGAUAAAUGUCCCGACUAUUGCACGUAUCUCAACUGCUGCCCUAAGCAUGUAUGCGUGGCGGGAAUGCCAGAACAUAAUGAAGUGUGUAUAAGUAGUUUGCGUUUUGGAUUUAACCCAUAUGACUCAUCGGCGUGGUAGGAGCUCGUCUGGGUAUGUGCGUAUCCGUCGUGAGUGGCAUGUCGCGACGGUGAACUACAGUCAGUCAGUGUUCCUGCUUUCGCAUCGGUGCAAUAUGGUUAAUGGCACGACGCAUUACUUACUAG